GAUACCCAAUUUUCAGGAUUUCUUCUUCUGGGAUUAUCAAAAAAACCAGAACUGCAGCUCCCCAUAUUUGGGCUUUUCCUCUCCAUGUACCUGAUCACUGUGUUUGGAAACCUGCUCACCGUCCUGGCUGUCAGCUCUGACUCUCAACUUCACACCCCCAUGUACUUCUUCCUUGCCAACCUAUCCUUUGUAGACAUCUGUUUCACAACCACCACCACUCCAAAGAUGUUGGUGAAUAUACAGACACAGAGCAAAGUUAUAACCUAUAUAGGAUGCAUCAGCCAGAUCUGCUUUUCCUUACUCUUUGCAGGCUGGAAUGACUUACUCCUGGCUGUGAUGGCCUAUGACCGUUUUGUGGCCAUCUGCCACCCCCUGCAGUACAGGGUCAUCAUGAACCUCUGGCCCUGUGGAGUCCUGGCUCUGGUGUCCUGCAUCAUUAGUGUUCUGAAUUCCUUAUUACAGAGCUUGAUGUUGUUGCAUCUUUCCUUCUGUUCAGAGGUGGAAAUCCCCCACUUCUUCUGUAAACUCCAUCAGAUGAUCCAACUUGCUUGUUCCGAUACCUUUCUGAAUGACACGGUGAUAUAUGUUUCACCUGUACUGCUGGCUGGUGCUCCCCUUGCUGGGAUCCUUUGUUCAUACUCUAAGAUUAUUUCAUCCAUACGAAGAAUCUCAUCAACUGAGGGUAAAUACAAAGCAUUUUCCACCUGUGCAUCUCACCUCUCAGUUGUCUCCUUAUUUUAUUGUACGGUCCUGGGAGUGUACCUUAGCUCUGUGGCUACCCAGAGCUCCCACGCAAGUGCAGUAGCCUCGGUGAUGUACAUGGUGGUCUCACCCAUGCUGAACCCCUUCAUCUACACCCUGAGGAAAAGAGACAUAAAAGAGGCUCUAGUAAGAUUCUUCAAGAGGGCACCUAUAAAAGGGACAAUUGUCCUGGUGGUGAAGAAGUGCCUUGAUUGCAGGACUCAAAGCCAUGAUUUUUUAUCAUUGUGA